AUGGCUGAGGAAGACUGGAGAUUCUCUGGCAGAAUAGUUGAGGCUGAGCGUGAGGAAGAUGGGAGUCAUUACUUAGGUUACUAUUUGUGCACUCUAGUUCAUUGCUCAUCACAGGCUUGCAUAGAUUUCUGUUUCGUGCUGGAUCAGGUCUCCGCGUGCGAAGAACUAAUGGCGGAGACUUUCUUGAGCCCUAUCAUUGAGAAAUUGGAGAAAUUGACGAAGCUACUAAUUGGAGAAGCGCAGUCAUUGAAAGGAGUCCGCAAAGAGGUCAAGAUUCUGAAAGACGAACUGGAGAUCAUCGAGCCUUUCCUUAAAGAUGCAGAGGCAAAGGUGGAGAAAGGAGAUCGAGUGGUUGAUGCGUCGAAAGCAUGGUUGAGGCAAAUAAGAGAGGAAGCCGAGCGCAUAGAGGAUGUGGUUGACGACUACGUUUAUCGCGUAGAACAUCAUGGCUAUGAAGGUGGAUUCAUGGGAGCUCUUCGAAAAGCAUGUAAUUGUAUCAAAGGGUUAAAGGCACGUUAUUACAUUGCAUCGGAGAUUCAAGAUAUUAAAGAGUCAUUGCACCGAAUCAAGGAUAGAGGUGUUGGAUAUGGAUUGAGACCUUUGGAGCAGGGGUCAAGUAGCAAACCAACAAAUGGACAACGACAAGACCCUCGUCUUGGAUCUCUUUUCAUGGAGGAAGAUGAAGUUGUUUGUAUUGAUGCCGUAACUGGGGAGCUUAGAAGAAGGUUGACCGAAGGAGAAUCCAUGCGCUCCGUGAUUUCAUUGGUGGGUCAAGGUGGAAUCGGCAAGACAACUCUUGCUGCGAAAGUCUACCAUGAUGAAGUGGUGAAAGCUAAUUUUGAUUGCCAUGCUUGGAUCACGGUGUCCCAAUCAUACGACAUGAAGAAUCUUUUGAGGAUCAUAUCAAGGCAAGUAGAUUUUCCACCAGGAAUAAUUGAAGAACCAUGCAAUAUUGAAGAGUUGAUCAGACCUUUGACGCAGUUUUCACAGACAAGGAGGUACGUCGUUGUUUUCGAUGAUGUUUGGCAAAAUGAUAUUUGGGAUGUUAUGAAACAUGCUUUGCCAAAAAAUAACAACGGCAGUAGGAUAAUUAUUACAACACGCAAUGAUGAUGUUGCUGCUUUUUGCAAUGAAAACCCUUGUGAUCUUGUGAAAGGGUUGCAACCGUGGACUUUAGAAAUGGCUUGGCAAUUAUUUUGCAAGAAGGCAUUUCGAGGCGACCAGUUUGAGGGGCGUUGCCCGCAAGAGUUGGAGCAAUUGUCGUAUGACAUUCUUCGCAAAUGCCAAGGCUUGCCACUUGUUAUUGCCAGCAUAGCUGGUGUUUUGUCAACAAAACAAAAGUCUGUAUUUGAGUGGCAAAACGUGCUCAACAAUCUAACUUCAGAUUGUAUGGGUUAUGGAUUGCCGAAGGCUUUGUUAAACAGAGAGAACGUUAAAGAGGGAGAUAACAAGACCCUGGAAGAAGUUGCCGAAGAAUACUUGAAUGAGCUCAUCCAAAGAAAUUUGGUAUUAUUGGAAACAAAAUAUGGAAUAUCUAGAGAAUGUAGAGUCCAUGAUUUGAUGUAUGAGAUCAUCUCAACAUACGCUGCUGAAUGGAGAUUUUGUAAAUCUCUGAAGGGAGAUUCCCGGAUUCGUUCGGUUUUCCUCUUUGGCUUCAAUGAAUUAAGCAAGUCCAUCGUAGUUGGAUUGGGUGAAAAAUGUAAGCUUUUGAAGGUGUUGGAUUUUUCAAAUGCUCCUCUGGAUAAUCUCCCAAAAGAAGUAGGAAAUUUUUUCCACUUGAGGUACUUAUGUUUAAGACGUACAAAGGUGAAAACACUUCCGAAUUCCAUUGAAUGCUAUCGCGGUGUGAAGAUGAAUGAAGGAAUUGGAAGGUUGGAGGAUUUACGACUAUUAACACGUGUUGAAGCAUAUCCCGGAAGAGAAGUUGGUUUCACGAAAGAGCUACAAAAGCUGAGGAAUAUAAGGUCUUUGAGCAUUUUAAAAGUAACCGCGGAAAUGGGGAUAGCUCUUGGUGCCUCCAUUGAGAAAAUGGCCCACCUUAAAGAGUUAACUUUCUCAAGGUUAGUUGACGAACCAUUAAGAUUGCUCCAAGGUUUGCCCAAUUUAGUAUUCCUUCGCUUGCACCAGACAUACGAUGGAGAGGAACUGCAUUUCAAAGAAGGCAGUUUUCGAAAACUCAAGGAACUUCGAUUAGUGAAGUUGGAAGGAUUAAAAGUGGUGAAAAUAGACAAUGGAGCACUGCCUCUUCUUGAAAAGUUGGAGUUCGGUUCUUUCCCGUUAAUGAUGGAGCCGACGUCUUUCGACAUUCAACAACUCACCAGUCUGAAAUCAAUUGAAAUUCUUGACAUGCCAAGAGAAUUUGUGCUUGGUUUGCAACCAGAUGGAGGACCUUAUUAUUGGAAAAUUCAACAUGCACCCUCUGUGAAAUUCUGCUACAAAAACAGAGCUGGAAAACCGGAUGUCUACAAGUUGGGAUGCUCAGCCUUGUUGCAACGUCUGCAAGCGCAAGAUGUGCCGCCCCAGCCAAACUACCCACCUGACAAUGUCUUCCGCCCAGAUCGGCCUGCCGGGGCGGGCCUUGGGUCCAAAAAGAGGGACAGUGCCCCGCCUCCGAUUCAUGGAAUAAGUAAAAUAAAGUUAAAAGUAGUGGUAUUUUCACUUUCGCCGUUUCCAGCUCCCACUUAUACUACACCGUUCAAGUCAUUUCACAAAGUCGGACUAGAGUCAAGCUCAACAGGAUCUUUCACUUUGUCUUCCAGCCUUUUCUCCCUUCAAAAAUCUCUGGUUGUUUGGGACUCCGUGGAGAAGGUCAACUAUUGUGGGAAUUCUCAUACAGCAAUGUGGAAUGUCCAGCCUAUGGUUCAGCCAGGACUCAUGAUCGGCCGGUAUAUUUGCGAGUUUUGA